AUCGGCUCCGGCGUGCUAUCGCUGGCUUGGGCUGUCGCACAGCUGGGUUGGAUCGCCGGUCCAAUUGUAAUGAUUAUCUUCUCCUUCGUCACCUUCUACACUUCUUCUCUCCUUGCGGACUGUUACAGAACCGGCGAUCCCAUCACCGGCAAGCGUAAUUACACUUACAGCGCCGCCGUCCAUUCCUAUCUCGGCGGAAUGAAAGUGAAACUCUGCGGGCUUAUUCAGUAUCUGAAUCUCUUUGGAGUAGCCAUUGGAUACACAAUUGCUGCCUCCAUUAGUAUGAUGGCAAUUCGGAGAUCAAAUUGCUUCCAUGAGAAAGGGCACAGAAGCCCAUGCCAUAUCUCAAGCAAUCCCUACAUGAUCAUCUUCGGC